GGACACAUCAACAAACUCUCUCUUCCAAUUCCAAAAAUUCCCCAUUCGUUUUUCAACGUUCUUGGAAAUGGAAUAUUACAAUUGUGAUGAGGCCAAAGGGAUUGCGAAGGUGAAGUGGCAGAGGAGAGGGAGGCGCGGCGGACUGCACGGCGGCAGCUCCUCCGUGCACAUGAAGAUGAGAAAGCUGCAGCGGCUCAUCCCCGGAGGGCGGAGGUUGAAACCGGACCGGCUAUUCUUAAAAACGGCGGAUUAUAUUAUGCAAUUGAGGUCUCAAGUUCAUGUUUUGCAAGCGCUUUCCAAGAUCUACGACCCCCGACUUUCUCAAUAUUGAUCUCUCUCUCUCUCUCUUCUUUUUUUCUCUCUCCCCUUUUUACUCUUUUUUUUUCUCAAAAUGGAAAAGAUUAUCACCUGGUACGAUAUUAUCUAUUUUGACUAUUACCUCUCGAUUUUAAGAGAAGUUUGUACUUUUCAAGAUAUCUCAUACAAAAUGAAGAUAGUAUUUCUUGAUUAU